AUGUUCCAGCUGCCUAUACUGAACUUCAGCCCUCAGCAGGUGGCCGGGGUGUGUGAGACCCUGGAGGAGAGUGGGGACAUUGAGCGCCUUGGUCGCUUCCUCUGGUCAUUGCCUGUGGCCCCUGCAGCCUGUGAGGCCCUCAACAAGAAUGAGUCUGUGCUCAGAGCCAGGGCAAUUGUGGCCUUUCACACAGGCAACUUUAGGGAGCUCUACCACAUCCUGGAGAACCAUAAGUUCACCAAGGACUCCCACAGCAAGCUGCAGGCUCUGUGGCUGGAAGCUCAUUACCAGGAAGCUGAGAAGCUUAGGGGACGGCCCCUUGGACCAGUGGACAAGUACAGGGUGAGGAAGAAGUUCCCUCUGCCUAGAACUAUAUGGGAUGGAGAGCAGAAGACGCACUGCUUUAAGGAAAGAACCCGGCAUUUGCUUAGGGAAUGGUAUCUCCAGGACCCCUACCCCAAUCCCAGCAAAAAGAGAGAACUGGCCCAGGCUACUGGACUUACUCCCACACAAGUGGGCAACUGGUUCAAAAACAGAAGACAAAGGGACCGGGCAGCAGCAGCCAAGAACAGGCUGCAACAGCAGGUCCUGUCCCACGGAUCCGGACGCUCACUGGGUCCAGAUGACAGAGGGGAAGCACUGGGUCCAGCCUCCAGUCCUGCAGCCAGCCUGUCCAGUAAAGCAGCCACCUCUGCCAUUUCCAUCACAUCAAGCGACAGUGACUGUGACAUCUGA